CAAAUCUAGGCGGUGUCUUCCUCACCUUCCUUCCUUCCUCGCUGUACUUUAUUUAAUCACUCUUUUUUUUGUGUUUCUUUUCUUGUUUGUCCAAAAGCGCAUCUUAUCGUCGUUCCCGGCCCCUUUCCCUCUCGCGCAUUUCAUCGACCAUCCAAUGGGCUCCCUGACCGGACACCCCCGCGACGCCACCGCCGAUUGCUUCCGGAUUUUCAUAGGCUACGACCCCCGCGAGGACGCUGCCUACCAGGUAUGCCGCCGCUCCCUCCUCCGCCGCUCCUCCAUUCCCCUCGAAAUCCACCCCAUCCGCCAGUCCGACCUCCGCGCCGCCUGCCUCUACUGGCGCGAUCGCGGCCCCACCGAGAGCACCGAGUUCUCCUUCACCCGCUUCCUCACCCCCUACCUAGCCGACUUCCGCGGUUGGGGGCUCUUCGUCGACUGCGAUUUCCUCUUCCUCGCUGACGCCGCCGACCUCUUCGCCCUCCGCGACGACCGCUUCGCUGUCAUGUGCGUCCACCACGAGUACGCGCCCGCCGAAUCCACCAAAAUGGACGGCGCCAUUCAGACUGUGUACCCGCGCAAGAACUGGUCCUCCCUCGUCCUCUACAACUGCGGCCACCCCAAGAACAUCGCCGCACUCACUCCGGAAGCCGUCAGCACCCAGACCGGUGCCUUCCUCCACCGCUUCAUGUGGCUCGAUGACGCCGAGAUCGGCGAGAUCCCCUUCGUCUGGAACUUCCUGGUCGGGCACAACAAGGUAGAUCCGGCCGACCCCGAGCGCACCUCGCCCAAGGCCAUUCAUUAUACCUGCGGCGGGCCCUGGUUCGAGCGCUACAAGGACUGCGAAUUCGCCGACCUAUGGAAUAAGGAGCUGGAGGAGCUCAACGCAGAGAAGCAGGCGGAGGAGAAGGAAAAGGACGGAAAGGUGAAACCUACGACCGAUGCUUAGAUCUGCCAUCUUAUCGGCGGCGAUCACCAUGCUUUGGUUGACGCGGAGUCGUAUAAAAGAGAAGUCUAGGCAUCCACAAAUCAAGAGAAAAGUACUAGAUUGGCAGCAGAAAUCAUAGUAGAUCAUGGAUGGAAGGAAGAGAGGAUUGACAAUGGAGGGGCUUAUGUUUUGAUUUGAGUGUAAACGAAGGAUACGUUGGGAUCACCGGAUCGGGAUAGGGUAUUAAUUUGCAGUGUCCAAGUGUUUGCUUCCUGGUCCUAUGAUUCGAGUAUUUCUGGUUA